AUGAGGUCUGAUAGCGGGACCUGUACACCACCUGGUACGCCGCCAAGGAGGCAACGGCGAGCUAAAAGGGUGAAGAAUAGAUCAUAUUCCUCAUCAUCUAGCUCAAGUGAGGAAGAUGAACAUCGGAGGCACUACAAGGCUGCAAAUACACUAUCUACAAAAAAGGUUUUUAAACUUUUAAAAAGAAUUACUGAAGAUAAGUCUAAAGGCUCUUUUAGCAAUAGUAAUUUCACCAAUGUAAUCCCGGAAUUUGAUCCAUCUAACAGGGCUCAAAGCAUUGAAUGCUGGCUUCGUAAAGUAAACGAGUGCGCUGCGAUAUAUGGUUGGGAUAGUAAGCAGAUUGUUCAUUUCUCUUUGCAAAAAUUAGUUGGCCUAGCAAAAAGAUGGUUUGAGUCCUUGCCAUCAGUUGCCUUCACUUGGGAUGAGUGGCAAGCUAAGCUACGAAAGGCAUUUCCUAGUGAAGAAAAUUAUGGACGGCUUUUAGAAGAAAUGUUAAAACGUACUUCACGUAAUGACGAAAGUUUGCGAGAAUAUUUCUACGAUAAGCUAAGUUUAUUAAAUAGAUGUGAUAUUAUAGGGAAAAAGGCUGUUGAUUGUAUUAUUUAUGGCAUUAGUGAUCGAUCAAUUAGAAACGGGGCACAAACUUUAAAUAGUCAUGAACCUGAAGAUUUGCUUAAUUACCUUGCGUCACAGAAACCCCAGAUAUUUGACAGUAGACAAGGAGAGCGCAUAUCCCAAAAGUCGUUUAAAUCCAGUGUCCCAAGUACAAGUAAAAGUAUUUCAACUAAUAACUCUCUCACUUGUUAUAAUUGUCGUUCUCAAGGUCAUCCUUAUUAUAAAUGCACUAAGCCAAUUUUGAAAUGCAGGCGUUGCAACCGAAUAGGGCACGAUAACGAUGACUGUAAGUUACAACCUAUUCACCCUUCUAAUUAUACCAUCAGUAUUAAUAAUAGAUCGGAGAAGAAAUCCUUGAAAAUAGAUUCCUUUAACAAUACCAAUGACAAGUAUUUUAAGUCUGUGAUAAUUAAUGAACACACUUUUGAAGCUUACAUAGAUUUCGGCAGUGAAUGUACACUAAUGCGGAAAACUGAAGCAGAGUCUUUAGCGUUACUGAAAAUUUUUGACGGACUUCCUGUUGUGAGAGGUUUUGGUCACUCAACAGUGACACCAUUGUAUAAAUCAUCAGUCAAUAUUAAAAUAGAUGAAAUAGAAUCUUGUAUAGAAGUUUUAAUUGUCGAUGAUGCAUUCCUCCAAACAUCAUUACUAAUUGGACAAAAUUUAACAGAAUUACCAUUUGUUACAGUCUUGAAAGAUAACUCUAAACUUAUAUUUUACAAUAGUCCGAGUCAAAAUCUGUUCGGUAGGGACGAAGACGUUAUAAAGCUUCACGUCAGCAAUACAGUGGAUAUUUUCAAAACUGAAUUGGUUCCAGUUCACACUAAGUCUAGUUUUACAGGGGACGUUUUUAUCGAGGGUUAUAACGCCAUUGAAACUGGUAACGAGUAUCGUCUAUUUCAGGGAAUAUUCAAUAUUAGUGGCGGCAAAGGUGGAGUUUUAGCAAGUAAUUUAUCAUCUCAUGUUGCGACACUUUCACAAGAUAAAUUAAUAGCUCGGUCCAUCCCGAUCACGGAGCACACGUUAUGCCAAAUUAACCAAAUAUUUAAAGACCCCUCCAAAUUAGCACCUCUUGAUAAAAACGAUAUUAAAACCGGACCAGAUCUGGACAAUCAUCUAUUAGAUAAACUGUAUUUGCUAUUGCAGAGCUACCGUGAUUGUUUCGCAACAUGUCUUGGAGAAAUAGGUUGUGUAGACGAAGUAAAAAUUAAAAUUGAUUUAAUAGAUAAUAGGCCAAUAGUUUACCGCCCAUAUCGUCUUUCUCAUCACGAACGUCAGCAAGUUCGAGAAACCGUAGAUGAACUAUUGCAAAAUGAUAUAAUUCAGGAGUCAAAUUCUGAUUAUGCCAGUCCCAUUUUAAUGGUCAAAAAGAAAACAGGUGAACAAAGACUUUGUGUAGACUUUAGAGCAUUAAAUAAUAAAACUAUUAAAGACCGUUUCCCUCUUCCCCUUAUUGAAGAUCAAAUAUCUAACCUAAGUGGUAAUUGUUUUUUCACGACACUCGAUCUCGCUUCGGGAUAUUAUCAGAUUUCUGUAGCUGAAGAGUGUAGACAUCUCACGGGUUUUGUUACACCAGAUGGGCAUUAUGAAUUUAAACGGAUGCCAUUCGGUCUUGCUAAUGCCCCGGCUGUGUUUCAGAGAAUGAUAAAUAAAAUCCUCGGAAACAGAAGGUUUGAAUAUGCGUUAGCCUACUUGGAUGAUGUUCUUAUUCCCUCAAAAAGUGUUGAUGAAAUGUUUCAACGAUUAGAAGAGCUAUUAAGACUUUUUCGACAAUACGGUCUAACACUGAAAUUAACUAAGUGUCGUUUCUUUGAAAAAACCGUAAACUAUCUUGGCUAUGAUAUCUCUGUAAAUGGGAUACAGCCUGGUAAAGCUAGGGUGUUGGCGGUAAAGGAAUUUCCUACACCUUCUAAUGUACAUGAAGUCCGACAAUUCCUCGGUUUGACCGGUUACUUUAGGAAAUUUAUAAAAGGUUAUGGGGAAGUUGCCCGCCCUCUUACAUCUCUGCUGAGGAAAGAGGCUUCAUGGAAAUGGUCUAAUGCCGAAAACGCAGCCUUUUUAUUUCUGAAAGAAAAGCUUAUUGAAUUACCGGUUUUAGCCUUAUAUGACCCUACUCUUGAGACGGAGGUGCACACGGAUGCCAGUUCUUUAGGGGUAGGGGGUAUACUUUUGCAAUGGCAAAGAAAUAUAAGAGUUUUGAAACCAGUUGCCUAUUUUAGUCGACAAACUACCCCUGAAGAGAAACAUCUGCACUCCUACGAAUUAGAAACGUUGGCCGUCGUGUGCACGCUUAAAAAGUUCCGCGUUUAUCUUCUUGGCCUUAAUUUUAAAGUAUUAACUGACUGUGCAGCGCUUCGUACUACUCUCACUAAGCGAGAUCUGGUUCCAAGAAUAGCAAGGUGGUGGCUGCAGAUAAGUGAAUUUACAUUCGAAAUUGAUUAUCGACCUGGCGUUCAGAUGACGCAUGUUGAUGCAUUGAGCAGAAAUACCGAUCUGUCCAUGGAGACAGAUGACAACCCAAGCAUUAGCGUAUAUAAUAUAGAAAAGGAAAAUUGGCUUUUAACAUUACAAAUAGCAGACCCAGAUAUAUCUCGUAUUUUAAAAGUUCUUAAACCUGGAGAUGACCAGGAAUGUAAAGAUAUUCGACGAAAUUAUGUAGUUAAAAAUCAUACUGUAUUUCGAAAAGUCAAUGAUAAACUAUGUUUAGUUGUUCCACGGAGUGCGCGCUGGCAAAUAUGUCGUGCGAAUCACGACGAUAUUGGUCAUUUGGGUUAUGCAAAAACACUUGAACGUAUGGAAGAAUCGUAUUGGUUCCCUAAACUUCGAAAGUUUGUAAAAAAAUACAUUUCAGCUUGCAUAGAGUGCGCUUAUAAUAAGGAUAACAAAACUAAGCGUAAAUCAGGAUUUUUAUAUCCUAUAAAUAAAAUACAAAUUCCUUUUCAUACCAUACAUAUGGACCAUCUCGGACCUUUUGUUAGGAGUAAAGACGGUAACACGCAUAUUUUAACAGUAGUUGACGCUUUUACCAAAUAUUUGUUUGUGAGAGCAGUCAAAGAUCUUAAGACAAAAAGCACUAUUAAAGUUAUUGAGAGAAUUUUCUAUGAUUUUGGUGUACCAGCUAGAAUUAUAUCCGACCGAGGCACAAGUUUUACGUCAAAAGCUUUUAAAACUUUCUGUGAUACAAAUGGUAUUAAGCAUAUUUUGAACGCAGUCGCUUGUCCCAGGGCUAACGGGCAGGCUGAAAGAUUUAAUCAAACUAUUUUAAACUCUUUGUCAGCACAAAAUUCUUUUGGUCAUGAACGCGACUGGGACAAGUGUUUGGGCAAAAUCCAGUGGGGUAUAAAUAAUACUGUCAAUGCAACAACCCAACAAUCUGCGACAGAAGCUAUGUUUGGAGUCAAAAUGCGCGACUCUUUAUCAAAUAAGCUCAAUACUUUAGGAUGUUCCAGAAAUUUAAAUUUACAAGAAAUUAGGGACAAAAUAAGUGAAAAUAUAGAAAAAGAGCAAGCUAAACAAAAAGAUCGAUAUGAUGCCAAUCGGGUCCCUGCAACCAAAUACGCUGUGGGUGAUUUAGUCAAAAUUUCCCGUAAUAAUUUUGAUAAUGAUAAAAAAAGUACAAAGCUUCUGUCAAAGUUUGUGGGUCCAUAUAAAAUUACUGAAGUACUGGGAAACGAUCGUUAUAAAAUAGCAGAUGUUCCGGGAUUUUCAAAAAAAGGCAAAUUGUAUACCACUGUUAUUGCAGCUGAUCGAAUUCGACCCUGGAUUCACAUUAAAACAUUAGAAUUGUAUAAAUCAGAUAUAAGCACCGCCAGUGAAAAUACCGAAUAA